GUGGCCGGGGGAAUAACUUCUGCUCUUUACUUUUCCUGUCCCAGUAUAAACACAACGAAACCCGAACAAAAUCAAAUCAAAUAUCAAAAAUGCUGUUAGUCAUUGGGAUAAUUGUGGUGCUUUUGAAAUCCGCUUGGGGCUCCAUCAUCACAGUCGAUGCCCACGAGACUAUGUGCUUCUUCGAUCACGCCAGUGUCGGCGAUAAGGUCACCAUAUCCUUUGAGGUCAUGGAGGGUGGCUUCAAGGAUGUGGGUGUGGAUAUCUCGGGACCAGGAGACGACCCAUUGCUGCACUCGGAGCAGGACACCAAGGGCAGUUUCACCUUCUCGGCUAUGAAAGAUGGCCAGUACAACAUGUGCUUCGACAACAGAAUCUCCACGCUGACUCCCAAGGUCCUGAUGUUCCAGUUUCAUGUUGUCAGGACCCUCGAAUACUACUCGGAUCCCUCCAAACGAAGGGACGAUGUCGUGGAGCAGGCCAGGGUUCAGGCCAUGAUCAACGCAUUGUCCGCCAAACUGGGAUCCGUAAAAAUGGAGCAGGAAUACAUGCACUUCCGCUAUCGCGGUCACCUGGAUGUCAGCGAUAUGGUUCACUUUCGGGUCACCGCGUGGUCUGUAUUUGGACCCAUGAUGCUGCUCAUUAUGGCCAUCUUGGAGGUGUACUAUUUAAAGCAUUUCUUCGAGGUCAAGCGAGUGGUUUAACCUGCACCUCCUAAAGUUUCUUUUUCAGACUG